AUGUUCUCGGGAAUUCCCAGCGUUUAUGAGUCUCAUCUUUUGGAGUGCCGUGGGCUCUCUUUUGUGAAUACCGUUCACCGGGGACCAUGGUGCUCCCGGUUGUACACGCCGCCGAUUGUCGCUGAAUUCCUCCGCGAGGUCUCUCUCGAGCUCAACGCUGGGGAAAUCGCUGGAAUCUGCGGGGUUUCCGGAUCUGGAAAAUCAACGCUUCUUAAUGUAAUCGCGGCGAAAGCUUGUGGAAGUAUCGGUGGCACUGUGCUUUUAAAUAAACAACUUUUGACAGCAUCUCGUUUCCGUAAAAUGUGCUCAUUUGUUGAUGUGCGAUUACUUUCAUUGCUGAACGAGUGGGAACUGCUGGGAUACGGUCAUGAAUGUGUGGGUGAUCUGUCGGAGAGUUCUCGUCGACGUCUCCUCCUUGCCAUCGCCACAGCCAAAGAUCCAGUUCUCAUCAUUGCCGAUGAUCCGAUUCGUCAUUUAGAGCCGUUAUCCGCCUAUCAACUCAUGCUUUGCUUGCAGUCCUUUGUGAAGCGACAUCGCCGAAUGGCGGUGAUCUCUCUGCGAGUGCCGAGAUCGGAUAUCGCUCAGCUACUCGAUCGCCUCACUCUUUUGUAUUAUGGAGAAUCUGUCUAUUCAGGUCAAACCAGCAAAUUACCUCUCUAUCUCCAUCAACUCGGCUUCAUUUGUCCGAUCGCCGAAAAUCCAGCUUCUUAUCUAAUUUCUCUUGUGACGGUGGAUCGUGAGAAUGCGACGCGUUUCACUGAGACUCAAGAACAAGCAAUCAAAUUGGUCGAGGCUUUUCGGAAUUACUUCCCGAUCAUUGGAAACACCCGUUCAAACCUUACCGAGCCGAUCGGCCUCUCGACGAGCGCUGCCUUGUGCAACGGAAGUCGACCAGGUCUAAUCAGUCAAUUGAAGAUCCUCAUGGGG